AGACAGACAGAGAGAGAGAGAGAGACAGGAGAGAGAGAGAGAGCAGCAUGCUUCAGCAGAGCGGACAACCCCUGCCACAGGACUAGUUCACCUUUUGCCUCUUUUUGCGCUUUCAUCUCUGCAACUUCAAGUUCCGUUUUCUAACUUCAUUUUUGUAAAACGUCCCUGAAAAAGAAGAACCACUUUUGCCGCACGUUUUUUUUUUUUCCUUCUUCCCAGGCGUGGAUGCGUGCAAGGAGCGUGGAUGGUUAUGUUUGAAAAGGAAUCAGGACAGACACUGGACCAGUCGACUGCGACAGCGAUGCCUUCCAACAAGUACUCUGCUGCUAUCAUGGAGGAGAACAACAUGACCGCCACUGCGGCGGUGAAUGGGGACACGCCUCCAGCCGAGGGCCUGUCAGAGAACGACAGCGGCGUGGAGAUGACCAAUGAGAACAGCCCGCUGACCGCCGCCGAGCCGCCCUCCCCCUUCAGCCCCAAGCAAAACGGAGAUGCUGCCUCACCCCAAGAUGGUAACCAGUGUUCAGGCGGAAGCCGGAAAAGGAGCAGAAAGAGGUCAGAGGAGGAGGAAGAGAGUAGCUGGGAUUCUUCUUACAGCGAGGAGAAGUCCUCAGGAUCGGCUCAGCUGGGUUUGAGGCAGCGGCCCCGGCCCAGAACCAUCUUCCAGGCCGGUCUGACGCCACACACACACAACAAACCCCGCCGACAGAACCGCAAGCAGGAGCACAGCCCGCCCAUGUGUUGUGGAUCUCGGGCAGCCAUGGCGGUGUCGGGUCCCGUUCCCGAGGCUCCCAGCCUGGAGCUGAUGGAGCAGGACUCCAAGGACUCGGCCCAGAGCAGCAGCACCUCGUCCAGCACCGAGACCCAGCCGGAGUACAAGGACAACAAGGGGUUUGGCAUCGGCGAGCUGGUGUGGGGGAAGAUCAAGGGCUUCUCCUGGUGGCCUGGCAUGGUGGUGACGUGGCGCGCCACGGGCAAGCGGCAGGCCACGCACGGCAUGAGGUGGCUGCAGUGGUUCGGAGACGGCAAGUUCUCUGAGGUCUCGGCAGACAAACUGGACUCCAUCACGGCUUUCCCCAAGUUCUUCAGCCAGGCGUCCUACACCAAGCUGGCCUCGUACCGCCGGGCCAUUUUCCAGGCGCUGGAGAUGGCCAGUAUCCGGGCCCAGAAGACGUUCCCCCCCUGUGACUCGGACAGUCCAGAGGAUCAGGUCAAACCCAUGCUGGACUGGGCCAACGGCGGCUUCCUGCCCAAAGGCGAGGAGGGACUCAAACCCCCACACACUGCCGAGAGUAACCCUCUGGACCACCAGGUCCUGGACGUCGCCCUGCCAGAGUACUUCCCCAGCGCCAAGAGAACCAGAGUCAGCCUGUGUAAGAGCAAGGCCCCCGAGGAGAGCUACAGCCGAGAACAAAUGGUGAAUGAAGUCCUGAAGAAUAAAAGAAGUAUAGAAGAGUUCUGUCUCUCCUGUGGAAAGACGAGAGCAGCAACCUUCCACCCGCUGUUUGAAGGAGGCCUGUGCCAAAGCUGCAAGGAUGUGUACUUGGAGAUCUCCUACAUGUACGAUGACGAUGGUUACCAGUCCUACUGCACCGUGUGCUGCGGAGGCCGGGAGGUCCUGCUGUGUGGCAACGCCAACUGCUGCAGGUGUUUCUGUGUGGACUGCCUGGACAUCCUGGUCGGCGCCGGGGCCUCCAACAGCGCCCGCCACCUGGACCCCUGGUGCUGCUUCAUGUGCCAGCCGCAGCUGCCGUACGGCGUCCUGAAGCGGCGGCACGACUGGAGCCUCAAACUGCAGGAGUUCUUCGUCAACGACAACGGACAGGAGUUUGAGAAACCAAAGAUUUACCCAGCGGUCCCUGCAGAGCAGAGGCGGCCAAUCAGAGUCCUCUCCCUGUUUGACGGCAUCGCCACUGGCUACCUUGUUCUAAGGGACCUGGGGUUUAAGGUGGACCAGUACGUGGCGUCGGAGGUGUGUGAGGACUCGAUCUCAGUGGGCGUGGUCAGACAUGAAGGAAAGAUCCAGUACGUCCACGACGUCAGGAACAUCACCAAGAAAAACAUUGAAGAGUGGGGUCCGUUCGACCUGGUGAUCGGUGGAAGUCCCUGCAACGACCUGUCGAUCGUCAACCCGGCCAGGAAGGGCCUCUACGAAGGCACAGGCCGGCUGUUCUUUGAGUUUUACCGCCUGCUGAGCGAGGCCAAGCCUAAAGAAGGAGAGGACCGGCCGUUCUUCUGGAUGUUUGAGAACGUCGUGGCCAUGGGCGUCAACGACAAGAGAGACAUCUCACGCUUCCUGGAGUGUAACCCGGUGAUGAUCGAUGCUAUUGAGGUCUCUGCUGCUCACCGCGCCCGAUACUUCUGGGGGAACCUGCCAGGCAUGAACAGGCCUCUGUGCGCCUCCGGGAUGGACAAGCUGGAGCUCCAGGACUGCUUGGAGCACGGCCGAGUCGCCAAGUUUGGGAAGGUGCGCACCAUCACUACUCGCUCCAACUCCAUCAAACAGGGGAAGGACCAGCACUUCCCUGUCAUGAUGAACGGGAAGGAGGACAUACUGUGGUGCACUGAGCUGGAGAGGAUCUUUGGCUUCCCGGUCCACUACACCGACGUGUCCAACAUGGGCCGCGGCGCCCGCCAGAAACUCCUCGGCCGCUCCUGGAGCGUCCCUGUCAUCAGGCAUCUGUUCGCGCCGCUCAAGGACUACUAUGCCUGCGAAUAGACGCCGAGCCCAGCAACACCAGCAACUACACACCACCGCCUGCCUGUGAACACACACACACACACACACACACACACACCGACUCCGCCAGCCUCCCCGUUGCGACGCAGCGUCCUCGGCUGACUUUGGCUGGAGCUGUAAAGUUUCUCCGACCUGCCAGCCACUCAGUCUCGAUCAUAUUCUGAAAAUCGGUGUGGGUGGGG